AAGACGCUCUAAUCUUGUCGCGCCUUCCCCUCGUUCGCUUUCUUUGGCCGGAGAAGUGUUCUUGUUUGUUUUUCCGUGAAAACAGAAGGCAGACUGUAACGUAUCUUUGGCUCAAUUGGGAAUUAAGCCGGGGCAAAUCACUCUAUUGAGUGCAUAUUUCUUUCCUUCUUCUUCCUUCUGAUUCUGGGGUCGAUUGAGAUUUCUUUUGCUUGUUUUCAAAGGAACUUUCUCCGUUCCAAAACUUAAAACCCAGUUUAACUUUGGCAAUGAGACGACUGAUGAGGGAAGCGGGCAAAGGAAGACGAGAAAAGAAAAGAAAGAAAGAAAGCGCAACUUCUUUUUCUAGGUUCUGCCGUUUCGUUUUCUUGUUCAUAUUGAGACCAGGGAAAGUAAUAGGAAAUACAGCAGAGACCAUAUUGUUGAGAUUUGUGCACGGAGGAGUAAGUCAUGUUGCAGGCAGUUGAAGGAGCUGUCAUGGACCAGAGCCCCGUACAGUUGCUUCUUAAGGGCUAUCUAUUUGCAGAUCCUCUUAUCCCUUACAUUUCUGUUAUUGCUGGCAUUUGUGCUUCUAAAAUGGUCUAUAGUCUUAGCCAACUGAUCAGUGGAGUUUAUCUCAAGAGCUAUCCCAGCCUUUCCCAGUCGCAGAAAGUUGAAUGGAAUAACAGGGCAAUAUCUACAUUUCAUGCCAUUUUUAUUACAACUGUGGCGCUAUACUUCACGCUCUGUUCAGAUCUCUAUUUCAGCGACCAGUUUGGCAUCCCUAUUACAUUACGAAGUUCUUCAUUUUCCACAUUUGCAUUGGGGGUAUCUGUUGGUUACUUCCUUUCUGACCUUGGAAUGAUAUUUUGGUUUUAUCCUUCUCUUGGUGGACUGGAGUAUGUGGUCCACCAUCUUGCUUCUGUAAUGGCAGUAGCAUAUGCCAUGUUGACUGCAGAGGGACAGCUCUACACCUACAUGGUUCUAAUUUCUGAGACAACUACUCCAGGAAUCAAUUUGAGAUGGUAUCUUGAUGCAGCUGGGAUGAAGACUUCUAGAGCAUACCUCAUCAACGGGAUUGUGAUGUUCAUCUCUUGGAUGGUUGCCAGAAUCCUGUUGUUCAUCUAUCUGUUGUAUCAUGUCUAUCUGCAUUAUGAUCAGGUUGAGCAGAUGCGGACACGGGGGAUAUUCUUGGUGGUGGCAGUGCCAUUGGUACUUUCCAUCAUGAACUUGAUGUGGUUUGGGAGGAUUGUGAAGGGAUUAAAGAAGACUUUGGCUAAAAAGAGGGACUGAAGGGAAGGUGCCUCCCCCCGCCACUCCAUCCAUUAAAAUUGAUGCUGCAAAGAGUAAAUACCAUAGAAUUCCUUCCCAUUAGGGGUACACCACCCUGCUUGCUUGUGCAUUCCUCCCUCCCUCCUUCACCCUCCUCCUGUCUUUCUAUUCUACCCAGUGUAAAUACAAAAAGAGCUGAAAAAUAAUGGGAGUUUCUUGCUAGCUGGCUAGCUAGCUAUUUCCAUGAACCUGAGAUGAAGAAUGCGGAAGUUGAAGGAACAGAAUUGGAAUUAACUCUAGAAAUGAGAUAUAACAAAAGAGAAAAAUUGAUGCUAGAACUAGAAGAAGAACAAUCCAAUCAAUCAAUAUAUGGGCAGAAAUU